UUUAAGACGGAGCUGGUCACAUCGCAAUGUCGGUCCAACUAGCGUUGCUGAACAUGAUGAAUUUAACUCGAUCAUCGCCAUGCGUAAGGCCGUCUAUAGAUGACUUCCCAAGCGAUUUCAUGACUCAACACCAGCGACAAAGUCAGGGGGGAGUUGCUUUCCAUUUUCUCAUGGUCAUUUACAUGACGAUCGCAUUAUCGCUGGUCUGUAACGUAUACUUUGUUCCUUCUCUACAAAAAAUCACAAACAAGCUUCAUAUGAGUUCUGACGUAGCCGGUGCAACUCUCAUGUCUAUAGGGACCUCUUCCCCCGAACUGUUCACCGCACUGGUCGCAGUUUUAAUUACAGAUGGCGAAAUUGGCCCCGGAGCCAUACUAGGAAGUCUGCAGUUCAAUGUUUUAUUUAUAGUAGGAAUUUGUGGUUUGUUUGCUGGCUCUGUAUUGCCUUUGAGAUCGUGGCCUCUGUUGCGAGACAGCUUUGCUUUCCUUUUGAGUGUAAUGGCAUUGAUCGUUGUUAUUUGGGACAAAAAGGUUUACUGGUAUGAAGCAUUCGCGCUGGUGAUUAUGUACUUGCUGUAUGUGCUUAUUAUUUACUUCAACUCAACCUUUCGACGUUGCUUUAACGAGUUCACAGGAAGCGAAGAAUGGGUUGAGACCGACAUUGAAAAUGGUAGUGAUGAGAAAAGCCUCCUUUUAGAAAACGACUACGUAAACAGCACACAAAUGGCCAACCUCUCGAGAUCCGAAAAAGGAGAGAAAGAAGAGGAACAAGUUGAAAUCACUGACCAGUUUGACGAUUCACCAUUCUCAUUGCCACAAGGAUUCUUUUAUAAAACUCUGUGGUUGGUUUCAUUACCAAUCACAUGCUUACUUUACGUGACAAUUCCUGACUGCCGCAAGGAGCGAUGGGAAAAUUGGUAUUUGUUUUCGUUCAUUAUGUCAGUGCUGUGGGUUGCUAUUUUCACCUACGUAUUGGUUUGGAUGGUGGUAAUCAUUGGCUUCACUCUUGAAAUUCCAGAUGUCGUGAUGAGUUUCACGUUACUGGCAGCGAUGACCAGCAUCCCCGAAGCUAUUUCGAGCUUAAUUGUAGCAAGGCAAGGGGAAGGGGAUAUGGCAGUGUCCCAUGCAGUCGGCAGUAACACAUUCGACAUAUUGUUGUGCCUUGGAGUGCCUUGGUUACUGAAGACAACGAUCGUAGCUAAUGUAGAUUACGUUGUUUUAGAGGAUGUUGCUUUGAUUUACACAUCCUUUUUGCUCAUAGGUUCUGCGUUAAUUGUCGUAGUUUUUCUCAAGGUAAACGGUUGGCAUUUAAAUAAGUGUCUUGGUAUUUCGUUUUCUGUUUUUUAUUUGGGUUUUACCGGUGUUUCAGUUACUUUUGCUUAUUUAUUUGGCGACAACAAGCCGAUGUGUUAGCCAUGUAAGACAUAGCAUGAACAAAAACAAUGACCUGUAAUUUUUUAACCAGAGCGUAUAGGCAAUAACAAGCUGAUAUUCAUAUCACUCUUAAUUCCCCUAAUAACAUUUUCUCCUAUUACGAACCAAAAUUAUCAUCAAAAGAAUCAUUUUAUUGCGAUUCUUUCAAGGAUAAUCGAAGUUCUUGCAACAAGUAUGAAUAGAAGAGAAUUCUUCUGGUAAGAAUGCAUUACAUCUGAAUACGUUGAGAAGAAUCCCCAUUUUAGGAAUUCUUACCACAAGAAUCGGGAAUUCUUUUCUAAAGAACGAGAAUUUUUUUGGCAGGCAAUAGGUAGAGAGUUCUUCUGGAAAGAGUGUUCAAUCGCAAACCUUACAAAAAGAAUCGAAAUUUCAUAAUUCAUAAGAUAAGAAACAGAAUCUCUCAUAACCAAAGUUUUAUUAAGUUAACUUUUUUGCCUGUAACUUUGAUAAUUAAAGACCUGAUUAUGUGAUAAAGUCUGUUGAGUUAUGCGACACAACAGCGGCGCGGUGGAGUAGCUACAUGAGCGAUUCCCUGGGAAAGCAAAAAUGAUGUCGAAGCCGCGACAAUUUGCAUUUAAUUUUCGUGUGAAAAUUCACAACACCAAAGUAUUUUACUUUGCGAGCGAAAGACUAAUCUGGAGGUUUGAGCAGUUCCAAAAGAGACUUUAAAUUUCUUUCAUUCGAAUCUGUUUUGCACGUCGCUGCAAACAACAAUGUCGUGACCUACAGCACUUGCACUUUCAACGCGAAUUAGAAUGCAUGUUUUGACACUAUCUUUUCAAUAUUACAGACGAUUUCCAUGCAAUGUGAGGUCCUUUUGUUGGGUUAGCUCGUUUUUAUUCAGAUAGCCCGUGAUAAUCUUAAGAACCUCACGUGCACAGUUCAGCGGCCAUCUUUGUCUAUUGUCUGCCAUCUAACCUUUGUACGCGACAAAAUACGACAGUAAAUAGUUUUGGUUUCUGUCGUCAAAUAAAGUAACUUAUGUUUAAUUCCUGUUUUCGAUGCGAUUUCGUUAAGAUAAAUUACAACUGAUUGGGGCCGAAGAAUGUACAGUACUUGAAGGCUUCAAUUUGCAACAAAAGCUCGAUUUGUAUGAUUCUUAAUUAAGCAUACCACUUCCCCUUUCAAUUAUGUUUGUGAACAGAAAAGUACCGGAUUGCUCAGUGAGAGAGGGGAUCAUAGGAAAGGACUAGCGGUUGUAAUUGGCAUGCUAUUAAUUCGUUGAUGUAAGAACAACAACUGCUUUGUUGCAGAUUGUAACAAUCACUGAAUGGUAUGGGGCAUGAUCUGGGAAUUAUAUAUGUCACUAAUACACAAAGAAUCACACAUGUAGACAAAUAUUAAAAAUUGUCAAU